AGCGAGUCGACUACCGGCUAUAUAAGCGCAUACAACAUGCUGCUCAUCAGUCACCUAUUUAGUUGUUGGUGUGCCUUCUCAAGACUCCGAUCCGGCCCCCACCGAUUAAUUUAUAAAGUGUUCGUUUAUUUGCUGGACUGCUUUUGCCCUUUUGGUUUACCGUUGCUGUUUUCGAGAUGCAGGCUCACUUUCAUGAACUCUGAAUAACUGUGGAUUCGUCGCUUUGGUCCAAAAUAGGUUAUUUCAUACAAAAUGCGGAUAUCAAGAUCUGCAGUUCAACCUACUCAAAGACAAGUAGUCUAAAGAUUUCAAGCGAUGGCUGUUGAUCCAGUCAUUCUUUCAAACGAAUGUUUUUUUACGCGCGACUCCGAGGAUGAGAGUCCAAAUUAAGUUGUGAAAAUGAGACAUAUGGACCACAAAAUCUCAGACCCCUUACAUAACCCCCAAGUGCAAUAUUAAUAUUACUCUCUAAGAUCGCGUGCAAUUAUUUGGACAUGGACAAUGGAUACUUUAAGAAUUGCAGUAAAUGGUGUUUCUUAUAACGAGGCAGCCGAGAUCUACAAACCACACGCUGAUCCGUUCACUGGUCCAAUAACAAAUCUUGCACCUUGGAAUUUCGCCGUGUUGGCUACCUUGAUGUUUGUUAUAACAUCUCUGUCUCUCUUUGAAAAUUUCACUGUUAUGUUGGCCACUUACAAGUUCAAACAGCUGAGACAGCCCUUAAAUUAUAUCAUCGUUAAUUUAUCUCUCGCUGACUUCCUUGUGUCACUCACCGGUGGAACCAUAAGUUUUCUAACAAACGCCAAAGGGUAUUUUUUCCUUGGAAAUUGGGCUUGCGUUUUGGAAGGUUUUGCUGUCACCUAUUUCGGGAUUGUGGCUAUGUGGUCGCUGGCGGUGCUGUCCUUUGAGCGUUACUUUGUGAUCUGCCGGCCUCUGGGGAAUGUCCGUCUGAGGGGGAAGCAUGCAGCGCUGGGCCUGCUGUUCGUCUGGACCUUCUCCUUCAUCUGGACUAUCCCUCCUGUGUUCGGCUGGUGCAGUUACACCGUCAGUAAGAUCGGCACCACCUGCGAGCCCAAUUGGUAUUCCAACAACAUUUGGAAUCACACCUACAUCAUCACCUUCUUUGUGACCUGCUUCAUAAUGCCCUUGGGGAUGAUCAUCUACUGCUAUGGGAAGCUCCUACAGAAGCUGAGGAAGGUGUCCCAUGGCAGGCUGGGUAAUGCCAAGAAACCGGAGCGUGAGGUGAGCCGCAUGGUGGUGGUGAUGAUCGUCGCUUACCUGGUGGGCUGGACACCCUACGCAGCCUUCUCCAUCAUUGUCACAGCCUGUCCCACCAUCUACCUGGACCCCAGACUGGCUGCCGCGCCCGCUUUCUUCUCCAAGACGGCUGCAGUCUACAACCCAGUAAUCUACGUCUUCAUGAACAAACAGUUCAGGAAGUGUCUGAUCCAGCUCUUUACCGGCAAGCCUGCGCCAGAGAACAUGAACGCAACAUCGCAGCGACCGGGAAUGACUGGGGAGAGCUGCACGGGGGGCGAGAUGUCAGCCAUCGCCGCCCGCAUACCGGUCUGCGGCAACGCUCAGCCUAAGAAUGAGGAGGAGUCCCCGAGCGAGCGCAGCUCCGUCGCCCAGCUACCGAUCCCAGAGAACAAAGUUUGCCCCAUGUAGGCCAACAGAAGACUCCCCCUCCCCCCCACCACCUCCAGUCCUCACUGCCUUUCCAUUCUUAUACAGAUGCAUCUUCUCUUACUCACACACUUCUUGUGAUAAUUGUUUGUUUACAGAUGCCAGCUGUAACCACAAGGGUUCUCUGGUUAACUUUGUAUGUAUUAGUAAUAAUUGAGGGAACUUGUCCAAAACCGAAGCACAAAAGAGGGACAUAAUACUUUAAUGUAUGGCAAGCAGACAGACUACCCUGACUGCCUCUCUCUGCUGGCUUUCAUCCGAGUCUAAGCAGGGUCAGGCUUGAUUGAUGUCUGGGUAGGAGACCAGAUGCUGUUGGAAGUGGUGUUACAGGGCCAGUGAGAGGCAUUCUUCCCGCCUCAAUACCUUAGGCUGUGCUGGGGGGGACACUGCCACCCAAAGGGUGCCCUUAAACCAAGGUCCUGACUCUUAUACAAUCAUGGCCACCUAAUCCACCCGUUAGCCCUCUCUCCACUACAAUACAAGAUUCUUUCAGCACGAAAACCGCUAAUUCUUUAAGUCCCCUGCAUCAUUACUUAUCAUUAUUAUGACAAGAAUAUUACAUGUUUUUUUGACAGUGAUUAAAUAUUAACAAUUCAGCAAGCUAGAAAUAGUGGCUGUAAAUGUACUAUUUGCUUGUCUGAUUCCCUCCCACUUUACUUGAGUCAUGAGUUAUUUUUGUUCUGGUAGGCCUAAUUGUCAUCAGAUACCUAACAGUUUGUUGUAUUACAGGGGGGCCCGUACAUACUCAGCUUGUACAACUGAUGUACUCUUUAUGCGCUGCACAUCAGUUGUACAACUUGAGUGUGCACCACCUGCAUUAUCAAGGUUGUCAGAGGGGGCAGGUGUCGAGUCCUACUCUUACCCAGAAAAGCCAGACUUACUCGAUGAGAGCUGGCUACCGUCAGAAUGCUUUAAAUCUGGAGCUCUUUUCCCCUUUGAAGCCCCUGUGAUGGCAACUGCUGAGAGGGUGUUGUUUUCUAUAUGUUUCUGUACAUUUCUCUUUCUCUUGAGCAGAUUCGAUGGGGAGUUUCCAUUCAAAACAAAGACAGUCAAAGAGACUUGGUGCAGCUGGCCCCCUGCUGGCUCUGCUGGGACACUGAGGGACUGUAUAUUUAUGAUCAGUCCACAAAAAAAAAUCCUUUCUUUCUUCAACACACUGUGACUGUACAUUGUAUGUUAUGAAAUAAUGUAUAUGGACACUGUGAAUGGGUCCAGUGAAUCCGGGUAGCUCUGCUCAUUGUUAGCGUCGAUAAAUACCAUAGCAAUGUACACAAAAGCAUUGUACAAUGAGGAUCACAACAAAGCAUAGGUCUACAGUCAGCAAUAUUUUAGCACAAGAUACUGUAACACUGUUGACUUUAGAGCUGGUUACAGUAGAUGUAGUAAUACGUUUCAGGUGUAUUCGAACUUAUGUAAAUUUAUCUUGACACCAUUCUGUGCAGCACCAUCAUUGAAUAAGUUAAACAGUAAUAAUAAUGUGAUAAUAUCCAUAAUAAUAUGUGAUAAUAUCCAUUUGCCGGGUACAGCAGAGACCCUGAUCAUAUUGCAUGAGUCAGUCUCAACAAAUACGUCAUCUACAAAUGAAUCUCGCAUUUCCACACUUCAAGGUCUUGUUCACUGGGCUAUUGGAAUGAAUGUAACAAAGCCGGAAAAUGAAGGUUUUAUGAAAAGGUUGAUACUUACAAGUCUCCACAAGGAUAGUAAAACCAAAACACACACACACACUCGCACACACAAACUGUAGGCCUAUACACAUUACACACACAAAAGCAAUAUGACAAUGUUCCGUUUUUUGAGGAUACAUGAGCAGGUGCUAGGGGUGGUAACCUCACCUUCGAGAAUACAGGGAGAGGAACGUUUUUAAGAACACAGAGAUUUGGACAGGAAUCACAGACUGAUAAGUUGAGGAAGCAGUCCAAAUGUGGACAGAAGUAUAAUUUAUAUAUUUUUCUCAUUUUUGCCCUCACUAUCAUGCACCUCCAACAGUGUUUGUUGUAUUGUACUUACUGUGGCAUGUUGAGAAUUGUUCUGCUGUGUUUUUCGUGUAACUAUUUUGUCUUGAGCUGCAGGUCAUGCAUGCUAGUUGUUAGAAAAACUAAUGUCUGUACUGGAAUAAAAUAUAUUUUUAAAAGCAA